CUUCCCCCCCGGUGACCCCUGACCCUUCCCCGCCCCCUCCCCACCUCUCCUUCCUCCCACGUGCCCGCCCCGUCUGGCAGCGAUGAGCGAGCUCCGCACCAGCGAGCCUCCUUCGGCCAGCCAGGCUUCCGGCCCCGAGGCCAAGGGCAAAGCCGGGGACGCCAAGAAGGCCGAGGAGGAGGAGAUCGACAUCGACCUGACGGCGCCGGAGACGGAGAAGGCGGCCCUCGCCAUCCAGGGCAAGUUCCGGCGCUUCCAGAAACGGAAAAAGGACCCCAGCUCCUGAGCGGCCCCUUACCCCCGCCCCCCCCCGCCCCCUCCCCGGCCCCUUCUCCCACGGCCCCCUACACCCCCGGCUCCUCCGACUCCCCGAACGCCACGCGCUCCCGAGCCCGUCUCCCAUCCCCGGCCUCCGGCGCGCGUCGGGGCCCGGGAGCCCGGUCGCAACCAGGCCGGGGGCGGCGAGGGGAGCGUCCGUCUCCUCGCGGACUGAUGGGGCGCCGGGCCGCCCCGCCCGGCGCCCGCGGCCUCCUGGCGGGGACCGGGCGCCGCUGAGAUCGGGCAGGUGGGAAGGGCGAGCGGGGCGGUCCGUGGGCUAGGGGGCUCCGGGGGCAGGGCGAUGGAUGCUGCGAUUACGCUUCAGGUGAUCUAUUUAUUCCCCCUCACCACUUCCUCCACUGCCCACUCCCCCAACGAGCCGAGCCGAGGGGGGGCUGAAGGAACCUCUUCCCCCCGCUGCCCCUCUCACCCACCCCUCCUCUCUCGUCCACCCCACCUAAGCAGCUUUCCGCGUCAGUGCACGAUGGGUAGAUUAGAGAGGCCGGAAGCGGGGCCGGGCCCAGGCCCGAGGGGGGCGACUCGAUGGGGGUGGGGAGGCCCUGGGUGAGGAGGGGGCGGGGGCGGGAGGGAGAAUCAGGCCCGAGGCCGGGCAGCUGGCAGGGGCAAUUUCUCGGGACCACCGGGCCGCCUCCCCCGACCCCCAUCCCCCACCUCCCGCACUCCCCGCCGACCCCUCGCGGGCCCUCCAAGCCCGGAUCCGCGGUCCGGUCACGUCCUGCCGCCUGCGGCGUCCGCCGUGGAGCCCCUCGCCGCCCUUCUCCGCCCGCUCCCCAAGUCCAACGCGGGGCAGCCCCUCCACCAUUUUAGCAUGUUUAUAACUAAUUAAAAAAUCUCAAAUCGGG